AAUGGAGAUGGGAUGGAGAUGGAAUGGAGAUGGGAUGGAGAUGGGAUGGGCUGAGGUCUCCCUGAGCACUGUGAAGUUGGUGACUCAGUUCUGUGCUGUCCUUGGCCCAGCUGGGCUCACCUCUGAGCAGGGGGUGUUGGACUCAAGCAGAGCUGCUCCUUUCAAGUCCCCAGCCAUGAAGAAAUCCAAGGAAAUUGCAAAGGAAUUUUUGUUUUGAAAGUAAAGGCAACUUGGCUGCCAUCAAACAUGUCUAGAGACCUGAUCUUGAUUGUUGGAGCUGUGGGGAUGCAGGAGGGUGCAGGACAGGACCUGAGCUCCGGUGGGUUUUGUUGGGGCAGGGUUGAGCAGCCUCUCCCACAGCUGAGCCCCCCACCCAGCACAUCUCACCCCCAUUAGCUGAUGUACCGAGAGCCUCCAGGCGUUAUAAAUUAACACUCUGGGCUAUGAAUUAUGAAUGGAGCCACAUCUCUGAUCGCUGCAAUGCUCUGCUGACAGCCCAGGAGCUGCUGAUCCAACUGACAGCCCAAAGCUUUUAAAGAUGUGAACAGCAAAAGCUGGGAAUAAUUUACUUUGCAAGCUACAAACCGCUUGGCCUACAGAUGGGGCUCAUCGUAUUCCCUCUCCUGCCUGCUCCUGUCCUGUUCUUCUCUUUUGUUUGCCAGCAUUGCCUUCUCUACUCUCCCUCUCUGUCUUAAUGGAUGUUGCCCUGUGUUGACCAUCCCUUGGGAGCUGCCACGUUCCUGCUCCAGGGUUGCUGGUUCCAGCUGGGGACAGCUGGGGACAGCUGGGUCCUGGCCAUCCCCAACCCAGCCUCAGAUCCCCACAGCCAGUGCAGAGCUCCUGGUGCAGGACCCAGAGGGAUUUUGGCAGAUCUGCAGCUUCAUCCUCCUGUGGCCAUAACUUUGUACUCAAGACAUCGUAUUCCACAGCUCCAUCUGCUCCGUGGAGCUCUGCCACAGCUCUGUCUUUGCCACCGCUAUUUGGAGGGUUUGUCCUUGAACCUUUCCAUCUCUGGAAGCCAAAUCCUGCCCUAAACUGCUGGAUGUGCUUAAUCCUGGGUAUUCCUGGGGUUUUUUGCCCUCUGGCUUUGUAUGGAUUGCUGUCUCCUGACCUUUGGGGCAGCUCCCUCUGGCAGCCGGGCUGUGCUCCCUGCUCUGGCAGCGGUGGGGCAGAGGGAGCAGAACUAAAUUUAGACAAUGAGCUUCAGACACUUGUCAAUUGUCAUAAACGAAGGCAGGGCCCUGUAUGUCCCCCUCGUGGGGCUGUGCCCCCUGCAGCACUCGGGAGAAAGCCCUUAGAUAGCAGGAGGGAGCCCAGGAUGGCAGGAGACGGGAAACCAGCCCAGCCUGAGCAGUGGGUGCAGGACAGGGGCACUCCGUGUUCCCAGUCCUUUCCAGGUGAGCCAUUGUCAACCAGGCAGCAGAACAACUUCAAAGGGAAAGUGUCUGGAGAAGGUGUUUGUUAUACCCCAGUGUCUGGAGAAGGUGUUUGUUAUACCCCCGUGUCUGGAGAAGGUGUUUGUUAUACCCCAGUGUCUGGAGAAGGUGUUUGUUAUACCCCAGUGUCUGGAGAAGGUGUUUGUUAUACCCCAGUGUCUGGAGAAGGUGUUUUGCCCCGGGCUGGGGUGCAGAGGCACUCCCCAGGUCCUGACUGUUUUGUUUCCCUUGCACAGGGGAUGCUGUAAGGAUGGACUGACAGAGCCCCAGCAGUUUCUUCUCCACCCAAAGGCUGAGGGGCUCAGCCUGCAGGGAAGGAGCCGUUUUUGGACGCAAACAUCCCUCUGGCUGCGGUGAGGGGAGAGGAGCUGCCGCGGCGGCGGAUCGAACCCGCUCCCGGAGGGGAAAAUACCGCUUCGGUUUGGUGUCUAAUUAGAUAUUUACCAGGAAGGAAGGAAAGAUAUAAAUAGGGUGACAGUGACUUCAAAGGGUGUUUUUUGACUUCUAAGAAUAACACCUUUGCUGGCGCCGAUUUCGGGAAUAUCGGCUGUGCCUGGGUGUGAAAGACGGAGGAGGUGUCGCAGCUCGGUCGGCAGCCAAGGGAGCAAACCCAGACCCCAGCCCCCGUCCGGCCCCACGGGACCAGCUGAGGAAGGGACAGAGCCUGUGGAAAGCUCAGCUGCAUCCGCAGGGACACAGCAGGGGGAGUUUGGGGAACACCGCCGGUGCUGCAACGCGGGCAGGAGGGGACGUGUGGCACCAUGGGGACCCCAUCCCUAUCCCCAUGGGCGGUGCUGGCGCUCACCCUGGCUCUGGUGGGACUCUGGGCUCCCUGUGUGGUGAGCAGGCAGCCCAACUUCAUCGUCAUCCUGGCUGAUGAUGUGGGCUGGGGGGAUCUGGGAGCCAACUGGGCGGAGACGAAGGAGACCCCGCAUUUGGAUCAGUUGGCUGCCGAAGGAACAAGGUUCGUGGAUUUCCACUCCGCUGCAUCCACGUGCUCCCCGUCCCGCGCCUCGCUGCUCACGGGGCGCCUGGGGGUGCGCAACGGGGUCACCCACAACUUCGCCAUCAGCUCGCUCGGGGGCCUCCCCCUCAACGAGACCACCCUGGCCGAGGUCCUGCGGGAGGCUGGCUACAGCACCGGGGCUAUAGGCAAGUGGCACCUGGGGCACCACGGCCGCCAUCACCCCAACUCCCGCGGCUUUGACUACUACUUUGGGAUCCCCUACAGCCACGACAUGGGCUGCACCGACAGCCCUGGCUACAACCUGCCGCCCUGCCCGCCCUGCGCGCGGCACGGCACCGCCGCCAGCAGGGUGGCGAGGAAGGACUGCUACACAGAGGUUGCCCUGCCUCUCUUCGAGAACAUCACCAUCGUGCAGCAGCCCGUGGAGCUGGGCAGCCUGGCCAGGCGCUACACGGAGGAGGCGGUGCGGUUCAUCCAGAGGGCCAGUGACAGCGACCGUCCCUUCUUCCUCUACCUGGCCCUGGCCCACAUGCACGUCCCGCUGACCCCCUCGCUGCCCCCCGCUCCGGGCAGGAGCAUCUACGGAGCCUCCCUGAGCGAGAUGGAUGCGCUGGUGGGACGGAUAAAGGAGGUCGCUGACAGCCUCGGGAAGGGCAGCACACUGCUGUGGUUCACAGGUGACAAUGGCCCCUGGGCUCAGAAGUGUGAGCUGGCGGGACGCCUGGGGCCGUUCGUGGGUGCCUGGCAGAGGCAGAGAGGUGGGAGCUCAGCCAAGCAAACGACCUGGGAAGGAGGGCACAGGGUGCCAGCCCUGGCGUACUGGCCCGGCCGUGUCCCUGCCGGGAGGACGAGCCACGCUCUGCUCAGCAUCCUGGACAUCUUCCCCACGCUGGUGGCCCUGGCUGGGGCGGCGCUGCCCCCGAGCAGGCGCUUCGAUGGCUUGGACGUGUCCCCAGCUCUCUUUGGCUGGUCAGACGUGGGGCACAAGGUUCUGCUGCACCCCAACAGCGGCGCAGCCGGGAAGGUCGGCGGGAUCGAGGCGCUGCGGCUGGCUCAGUACAAGGCGUUUUACACCACAGGAGGGGCCAUGGCCUGUGAUGGCAGCACGGGGCCGGCGGAGCGGCACCAACCACCCCUCAUUUUCAACCUGGACCGUGACCUCCAGGAGCAGGAGCCUCUGGAUGUGGCAUCCAGGGAGUACCAGGCAGUGCUGCCUGCCAUCAGCAGGGCUUAUGCCCAAGCUCUGCAGGACAUUGCAGCAGACAAUGUCUCGGUUGCAGAUUAUUCCCAGGAUCCAGCUGCAAUUCCCUGCUGCAACGUGCAGCUCGUGGGCUGCCGGUGCCACGGGGCUCACGGAGCCACACAGGAUCCCCACGGGGAAGAGAGAACACCACAGCUUUGUCUUUAAGCAAUAAUUACUCAGGCUGCUCCUUUCCCAAGUGUGGUGUCUGUGAACUCCAGGCUGGAGGUGGCCAUGGAGGGGGAUGGAGGCUGUGGUUCCCUUUGCUCCACGCUGGGAGGAGGGAGGUGAGUUGGGUGUGGGUCUGGGGGAGCACCCAGAGGGUCCCCUUUGGACCCUGGGCCUGUGGAAGGCUUUUUGUGGGGCUCUUUAUCUGGGAAAUAGACAGCUCUUGGAUUAAAACUACCUUCUG